AUGUCAAACACAACUCCUUCGCGGCGCAUUCCGCCUGGUGCUCCCACCGAAAUCGGGCACAGCGAAGAAGACAUACCACCUGGCCCAUGGGCCCUUUAUCUCAUGUCCACUCAGUGGUCAGAGAGGUCAGUCCCCAUCGCCCAACUACAAUCCAGGUCGCCACAGAGAGAGCUACAAACGCGAAUCCUGUGUGCCGAGGAGAUCGAAGCAAAGCUUGGGAUAUUGAGAUUCGUGACUUCCGCUCUGAUACAAAUUGUCGGGCUUGAGGCAGCAACCCAGUGCAUAGAGUGUCUGAAGGGAGAGGGUCCAUGGCCUGGAUGCAAAGUUGUUCCAGGCUCUCGCGAUGGUUCGUGUGCGAAUUGCAAGGGGCGGCGACGGUGUAGCCUGCUGAAUGUGAAAUCAGAAGAGGAUGCUGCAGAUACUACGCGCACUCAUGUAAUUUCCACGCUGAACCCGUUCGAAACUACCCCCAAUGGGGCAGAUACCAACAGAAGAAUCCUUCACAUUUCAAAUAAGCGUCGGCGACCAGUGACCAAUGACGAAACGAAUGCUUUGCUUUCUGAAAGAGCCCUUUCUUCGGUUUCUGGUGUCACUGGAGGGCAGUAUAUUGAAUGCGCGUAUGCCACGGCCCCCGAACAAUCCAAUAAUCCACCCGAUGACGAGACAAACUUCCGAGAGUUAUGGAUGGAGCUGGCCGCCGUCGAAAACCCACCGGUUCACUGGGAUAUGCAUGUCACAAUGGGAAAUAUGGAAAAACUUCGUCUAGACUGGUCACAAAACGAAGUCGCAGCCAGUGUAGUUGAAAGUGAUCUUUCGUCCGCAGAUUCCGAAGCUCUCAAGGAUGCACUCAAAAAGCUAUCACCAAAGGUUCAAGCCAUUCUUGGAAAAAUCAAGUCCGAAGAAGAUUCUAGUGCAGUGCGGGAUGCAAUUUGCUACCUCGAAAGCCUACGCAAGAUUAAACCGAAAAUCGUUUCUAUGAAGAACGGCCCUGUAAAAGAAGCCUACUUGAAUCUCUAUUCCCAUUUCGAUUCUGUUGAUGCUUCAAAGCCAACUACAGGUACCACAGAAAUCUGUCAAUCACAACCCAUUCCGAGAGAUCAAAGAGAUACAGUCGACAGCAGGCGUUACGAGACCCCUCAAUCGUCAUCUGAAGUGAAUGAAACUCGCUUGAAUCUUCUGGAGUCAUUUCAAAAAGAGGGAACUCGACUUUCACAGGCAGCAGAGUCUCGACGACAAUCUCGUGACAAGGAAUGGGAAGAGCAGCACUGUCGUCAGAAAGAAGUUGACCAACAGCUACGCCGAGAGUUAGAUUCUCAAAGUCCAAAGAUCAUCUCUGGUCGGCGUCGCGUAUCAAAUGAUUCACGAACGCGUAAGAGACAGGAGUGA